AUGCUAACUUUCGGUGCCACCCGACCUUCUCCAGAAACCCUCCACAUCUCGCUCGACGUGACGACCAACGGCAGGAUGCCGCUUCCUCCCUACGAUCCAGAGAGCCCGACGCAUAUCUUCAACAUUACCAUCUUUUUAUCGAGCUACGUCACGGGCCGCAACUUCACCAUCACCAAUGGCACGGCGACGGAGAACAACGCCACGCUGGGCGACAUCAUGCGGCAACAGCCCGGCAGCACCGUGAAGCACAUCAACUGGGUGUGGCCCGACUGUCUCGUAGGCGACGGCCAGCCGGAGAGUAGCGACAGCGACCGCGGGAUCUACAAUAUUUCGAUCCGACAAAACUUCCGUCUCAACGACCAAGACCACUACACCAUCUUCGACGUGCCGAUCCAAGUGACCAACCGCAUCGACGAGGACGACGGGCGGCCGGACUGCGACGCGCUGGGUAACCCGCUGCUCUCGCCCGAGGAGGUCGACGUCGAGGGCGCCAAUGCGGUCGGCGUGCUCUUUGCGCCGGGCGACUCGACGGAGAUUGAGGUUAUUGCUGGGGCCGACGGCGAGGGCGAGGGUGAGGACAGGGAAGACGGGCAGGACGGGGAAGACGGGGAGGACGGGGAAGAUGGGUUCGGUCAGCGGCCCGGGGCAGGGCCGGAUGACGGGCUGGGAAGCGGUGCUGGGGUAUUGAGCUGGUGGGGUGGUGCGACCUGGUUGUGUCUCUUCAGCGGCGUUUAUUCGUUCGUUCUUUGA